AAGAAUAAAAGCAGAAGCCAGUUGUGAACUGGUCAUACCUAACAAACUUUGUCAAGAUGAAGACACUUCUGUUCUUGGGGCUCUCCCUUCUUGUAGCACUGGGUAUGCCAAGUGCAGAGGGCAAAAUUUACGAGAGAUGUGAACUGGCCCAGAAGUUGAAGCUCAAUGGCUUUGAAGGAUUUGAGAAGCACAAAGUGGCUGAUUGGGUCUGCCUGGUACAACAUGAGAGUUCUUACAAUACUGCCGCUGUCCAUCGUAACGGCAGCAGCCGCAACUAUGGCAUCUUUCAAAUUAACAGCAAAUACUGGUGUGAAGAUGGAAAGACCCCAGAGUCCCAGAAUGCCUGCCACAUUCCAUGCAAGAAAUUCAUAGAUGACAACAUUGAAGAUGAUAUGAAAUGUACCAAGAAGAUAGCAAGGGAAGCGAGAGGGCUGACUCCCUGGGUGGGUUGGAGGAAGCAUUGCCAAAGGAAUGUUAAUUCUUACGUCAAGGGUUGUUUCCCGGAGACUGAGUGAAGGUGGUGGUUGAGAAAAGUGGUGAUGCUGGUGGUUGGGGGAGUGGUUGUGGAUAAACAAGUAC